AUGGUGUACUCUCCUUCGUGGAGCCAGACCUUUCCCCGUGUUGUCAUCGAGCAGACCCGGACGGCAGCCCAGAUGGAGGUGAGCGCUCUGGAGUGCGAGAUCCAGCUGCUGAAGAACCUCCACCACGAGCGCAUCGUCCAGUACUACGGCUGUCUGAGGGACCACAGCGACAAGACGCUCACCAUCUUCAUGGAGUACAUGCCGGGGGGUUCAGUCAAAGACCAGCUAAAGGCCUACGGCGCGCUGACCGAGAACGUGACCCGGAAGUACACCCGGCAGAUUCUGGAGGGCAUCUCCUACCUGCACAGCAACAUGAUUGUGCACAGGGACAUCAAAGGCGCCAACAUCCUGCGGGACUCAGCGGGCAACGUUAAGCUGGGGGACUUCGGAGCCAGCAAGAGGCUGCAGACCAUCUGCAUGUCUGGCACGGCCAUCCGCUCGGUGACCGGCACCCCCUACUGGAUGAGCCCGGAGGUGAUCAGUGGAGAGGGCUACGGCAGGAAGGCGGACAUCUGGUCCCUGGGCUGCACGGUGGUGGAGAUGUUGACGGAGAAGCCCCCCUGGGCCGAGUACGAGGCCAUGGCGGCCAUCUUUAAGAUCGCCACGCAGCCGACCAACCCGCUGCUCCCGCCCACCUCCUCCGACAAGACGCGCGACUUCCUGCGCCGCAUCUUCGUGGAGCCCAAGCUCCGGCCCGGCGCCGAGGAGCUGCUCCGGCACCCCUUCUCCCAGAGCCUCUGCUGACGGACGGACGGACGGACGGACCCGCGCCUCGUUGGCUCGUUGGCUCGUUGACCGUGCACAAAGCCCCGCCCAUUCUCCGCUCGGUGUCCAAUGGGAGGCUAGCACGGCGACCCCUUCUCCAUGAUCCUCGGCUGAAGGACCGCCCUAGCCACAGCUCAUUGGCCGAUGGCGUGCACAUGCCCCGCCCAUUCCCUGCUCGGUGUCCAAUGGGAGGCGAGCAUGGACGCCCCUUCUCCCAGACCCUCUGCUGAAGGAGAGACUUACUCGCGGCUCGUCGGCUCGUUGCCGUGCGCAUGACCCGCCCAUUCUUCGCUCGGCGUCCAAUGAGAGGCGAGCAUGGACGCCCCUUCUCCCAGAUCCUUUGCUGAAGGAGAGACUCGUUGGCUCGUUUCCCCGCGCACACCCCGCCCAUUCUCCGCUCGUUGUCCAAUAGGGGGUCAGCAUGGGCGCCUCUUCGCCCAACCCGUGGCUCCACUGCCUACCAGGCCGCUCGGAGGGCCUGUCGGGCUGAGGCACGCGGAGCACUCCACCUUUCAGGACUUUUCUACAGCGCGACCAACAAAGGAAAUAGAAUCCUAUUUUUAUAACGGAGCUAAUCACGCUGAGAGCGAUCGUACGGUCUUCGGUCACUUCGUACAUGACUCAAGUCUAUUUUUGGAUGUGUGGAAAUUUCUAAACUUUAUUUUGCGUCUGUGCCUAUGCUGCCGUGGUGUGCUUUGGGUCUAAGAGUCCAUGUUGCUCAUGGACAAUCCUGGACACGUUUUCACCACCAGAGGGAACCCUCAUGCAGAGUAUGUUUUGCCUUGUGGGUUAGCUGCCAGUGUGUUUCUUUGGGACACACACUCACAAACACACCGACACACACACACUGUAAGCAAUGUACUCACGAUAGAGUUCAUUGUGACGCGGUUGGUGUCGUAUUAACACACAGUCGAGCUGAAUCCUUCUCUCCCUUGUUUACAUCCUCUCUACGGCUGCAAGUGUUUGUUAAGGGCCCUCGCCCCGUAAUGCUACACAACAGAGUUACCCGGAACCCACCACGACUUAGUCUCAGUCGCCUCCUUUGAGAUUAAAAUGAGCUGUCUGAUGUUUCAGAGCAAAAGCUCAGCAAGCCUUUUGUACCUGCUGGGAGAGAGGUUGUACUUCUCCUUGCUUCUUAUCUCCAAGCUUCCAGUGCUAGACCUCAUUCAGCAUGCCUUUGUAAAUGAUGACAAUCAUUUACAAAACAACAAAGAAAACGUCCAUUCCUUGAGUUCUCAAUACAUUUUUUAUACUGGUUGGUGGUAAAAUGACAGCCCACUCCAAACUUUCUUUCUACGAUGAACUUGCUAGCAGAAGUCGGACUACAUCACAUUAGCACAUAGCUGUGUAUUACUUUUUUAAACGUGCCAAAGAGGGUUCGUGUAAAAUGUGUUAUUUUGUGACCAUAAUAUCAGAAAGGGUUUUUCUCGUUUGCUCAGAGCACCUGGCGACUGGAAGCAGUCACUAUUCCAAAAUAGCAAAACACACAAAAUAAUAUAGGAACUAGGAGCGAUUAGACAGUGCUGCUCACCUAAGGUGUGUUGGACCAAUGCUUCUUGGUGAUGGAGAGGCUUUAUGUUAACGUCCAUUUCAGCCAGUUGCACUAAGAUGGAACAAAAACAUGAAUGUUUGUUGGCCUAUUUUUCUGACUCCUAGCCAAUGUAUUUCUUUAUUUUUAAUGUGAAAAAUCAGUCUAUUUUUAUUUAUGCCUUGUGUUGAUUUGAUUCAAUUUUAU